AGUACGACAGACGUUCAGCCGGUCUGCUGUCCAGUCUGUUUAACAUUUGGUUAAAAUGUUGACCUUUUGUACAGAAUCUAUACAUGCUGUGUUUGAUGCACUCAUGUAAGGUGGGACGUGGCUCCUCCCCCUCCUUUUCUCCCUCCCUCCCUCUGUCUCUCCCCCUCUGGCAGCCAGCGGUGCGGUGUCCCUGAACUCACUGCUCCUCACCUCUCUGUCAGUGUCACAGCUCAUUUGAGCACUUUUUGGGUGUAAACACUGACAGUUUUAGUCAACUAGUUAGUUAGUUAACUAGUUAGCAGCAGUGAUCCGGGUUAGCAUCUCAUCACAGGUGGAGGCAGUGACGUCAACUCCGUCAAAGACUCAGGUAAAGUUUCAAAUUGAACUGUCUAUGUAUUCUCUGAAUAACUUGAUCAUUAUUAUUUUUUGUUAUUUUUUUGGUCACUAAUUCUGACAGACGUGAAAAUAGAAAAUGCUGCUGAAGAGAGAAACUCACCGAGUCCUUGUCCUGUGGAUGGACUAAAACAAACACAGUGACAGUUUUCAUUUCAAAAGGAUGAGGACGAGUGUCCUCAAUGAUGAUUAUUCUUAUUCAUCUGCCUCCUCUUAACACCCCCCCAUCCUCCCCCCCACAGAGGAGAGACACUUGUCCUCUGUUGUAGUUAAAGCAGCAACAACCUGUGGAUUCACACAGCGACUUUACUUCUGUGACUUUAAAAGAUUUUAAAUGAUAUUAAAUGACAUCAGUUUGAAGUGUUGUGGUUUAACACCAAGACUUGUUUCCAGUUGCAACAGGCACUCACAUGACCGGUAGCGAUUUAGCAAUAGCAUUUUAGCAUUAGCAUUUACUAUCACAGAAGGUAAAGUUCGGGAAAUUUAGAAAAAAGCUCCAUUAUUCCCUGUAGACUUAACUGAGAUUUUUUUUUUAAAAAAAAGAUAAAAUAUUAUUAGUUUAUCUUUCACAGGAUUGAUCUGAGCUUCUCUGAGGUUUUCAGGAUCCUUCGUCUCCGUCCCUGCACCAUGGGAUAGUCUGGAAACACUAUUAAAAAAACCUCCGUGGGAGUCAUGGAGGAAAACAGUUCAGUACCGAUCCCUGACAACUCCACUGCGGUACCGAUGCCCUCGGCGGACAACACAUACUUUGGUGUCAUUUUAAACUCCCAGCUCCACCUAAAGGACCUGACGGGGAUAUUUCUAAUGGUGACCGUGAAUGUUGUGGCUCUUGUGGCCAACACUGCCGUUCUGGUGGUGGUCAUCAAAGCCCCCCAUCUUAGGAGGUUAAUCUUCGUCUGUCAUCUGUGUGCAGUGGACCUGCUGUGUGCCGUCCUGCUGCUGCCUCUAGGGAUCGUUUCCAGUUCACCUCUUCUCGUGGGUGUGGAGUUGACUUUGCUGGAGUGUCAGAUCUACGUUUUCUUUAACGUCGUUCUCACAGCGGCCUCCAUCUUCACCAUCACCGCCAUCAGUGUGGAGCGUUACUACUACAUCGUUCACCCGAUGCACUACGAGGUGAAGAUGACUCUGAAGUUGACCGCGGUCGUCAUGGCGUCGGUGUGGUUGGUCUCUCUAGCGCUGGGCCUGUCCUCUUUGUUCGGGUGGCCGGCCCUCGGCGGCCUGAGCGCCGCCUGUGCCGCCCACGGUCUGUGGCACCGGGGCCACAGUGACCACAGGAGAAUCUUCUCUCUGCUCUUCAGCAUCGUCUGCUUCUUCCUGCCCGCGGUGGUGAUUUUUGCCGUGUACUGUAGCGUGUACCGGGUAGCCAGAGUGGCAGCUCGCCAGCACGGACCUGUUCCUUCGUGGACUAACAACCAACUGAAACAGCGCUCUGACUCCAUCAACAGCCAGAUCACCAUUAUCACAACCUCCAACGCCCCCCGCAGGACCUUGCGUGACCGGCCUUUCGGGGGUAAAAAAGCUGCUCUGACGCUGGUGGUCAUCGUCGGUCAGUUUUUGAUCUGCUGGUUGCCGUACUUUGUCUUUCAUUUACACCUGACUCUUCAGGCUCAGACCAGCGUCCGCCGGGACCUGGAGCAGGCAGUCACCUGGUUGGCCUACUCCUCCUUCGCGGUCAACCCGUUCCUCUAUGGACUUCUGAACCGACAGAUCAGAGAGGAGCUGUGUAAGAUCGUACGCUGCUGUUACUCCACCCGGCCAGUAGAGGUGGUCAUCUGCAGUCCUGGGGUCUCAGGCCACGAGAACUUCCUGCAGUUCCUUCACAGGACCAGCAGCACGUUAGAGACUCAGACAAGUUUUGUAACUUCUAGUCCCAGAAGCACUCUGGACCAGACGGGCUUCAGGAUACCAGGGCAGAUCCCAGAGGAAUACGGAUAAAUAUUCCUGUCUCCUCUACAGAGAAAAUCAGACGUCAAAUCAGCUGAAAAAAAACCCCCGCAGUCUUAAUGCAGUCUGAUCUACUCGUUGUAUUUCUGUACGUGAAGUGGUAUUUUGUCUAGAUUAGAGAGUAGACCAAACUUAGAUGAACCUUUAUUGAUCCCACACUGGGAAAAUUGUUGUUGAAAAAUCCUAAUCAGUUUUAUGAUAUGCACCGUCAUCGACUACGUGAUUAUUUGAUUGACAGUUUACCUCAAACAUUUAUUUUUAUUUAAUGAAGAUUUCUGUGUGGAAAAAUUAUUGGAUUUUUGUAUUAAAAUAUGUAUUAGCCUAGAAUUGUUGUAAUAAAUUAAAGGAAACUGCCUUUAUAUGUUUAUAUAAAUGUGUCAAAAAUGUAUUUGCUAUAUAAAAAAAAGGAAAUACUUUUUUAGUAUUUUUAAUAUUUAAAAAUGAAGUCCUUAAUCCUUAAUUAAGAUUUCCUCCUCGGCGGUCUUUGAAAGAUGCUAAUUAAGAUGAAAGACAUCCUCCUUCACUGACUGUUCUCAUUAAAUGACCACAAUAACGGCAGCCACUGUCCGUGUCAACGACACAGGAAGCUCAUUGUAGAUCAAACGCAGACACACUCACUAUAGAACAUUAAAAAUUCAUGCCUGACGCUGAGUCAAACGUGGUCUGUUAUCACACUCUUCAGACACGGAGCUCCACUGCUGCUGCUUUUCUGACACGUUGCUGCAGCUCAGCAUCAACAACUGCAAUAAAGCAGUUUCACCAAAGUGCCAUCAGGCUGGACAUGUUUGUUUAUUUAUGUCCUUCUGGUCACUUCCAUACUGUACUCCACCUCUGUACUGACCUCACCUGUGCAGCCAGGAACACAAACAAACCCAUCUGCCAAGGUGUGUGGUCCAUUAACAUACCCUGGUCUCCUGCGCCGACACAGGAAACUCUGUGUAAUCAUUACAUCAUGUUCUUGUCCUCCCUGUCUGACCUCCAUCCAGCACCAGCACCAGCCACCAUUACUAUAGAGACGGGGGCUGCAGUAACAGUACAGUGCACCCCCGAGAUAUACCCGAGUCUAAUCCGUUCCACAACAACACUCAGGUCUCAGAUUUUCUUGUAUCUCCAUUGCAUUUUCUCCAUUAAAAAUAACUAAAAUUAAAACAGAAAUAUACCAUCAAUUAAUUAAAUUAAAAUCACCCCAU